AUGGCGUUCGCGCCGCCGCGCCUCCUCCCGCUCCCGCUACCCCCUCCGCCGGCGGCGGCGGCAUCCACGCGGGCCGUCUCGGCGCGCCACCACGGGGGGCGCACGGCGCCGGAGCUCUCGGGCCCGACCCCGCGCGUGGUGGUCAUCACCUCCGGGAAAGGCGGCGUCGGCAAGACCACCACCACCGCCAACCUCGCCGCCUCGCUCGCGCGCCUCGGACUCCCCGCCGUCGCCGUCGACGCCGACGCCGGCCUCCGCAACCUCGACCUCCUGCUCGGCCUCGAGAACCGCGUCCACCUCACCGCCGCAGACGUCCUCGCCGGGGACUGCCGACUCGACCAGGCGCUCGUCCGCCACCGCGCGCUCCAGGACCUCCACCUCCUCUGCCUCUCCAAGCCACGCUCCAAGAUGCCCCUCGCGUUCGGAUCCAAGACCCUUACCUGGGUUGCCGACGCGCUACGACGCUCGCCUAACCCGCCCGCCUUCAUCCUCAUCGACUGCCCCGCAGGUGUUGAUGCUGGGUUUGUCACUGCCAUUGCACCUGCAGAAGAGGCAGUGCUCGUUACCACCCCUGACAUUACGGCUCUCCGUGAUGCUGACCGUGUCGCAGGACUGUUGGAGUGCGAUGGCAUCAAAGAUAUCAAGAUUAUUGUCAACCGAGUGCGACCAGACCUGGUGAAGGGGGAGGACAUGAUGUCAGCGCUUGACGUGCAGGAAAUGCUUGGGUUGCCUUUGCUAGGUGUGGUGCCGGAGGAUGCAGAGGUGAUCCGGAGCACAAAUAGGGGUGUGCCGUUGGUGCUCAAUGACCCGCCCACGCCUGCGGGCCUUGCUCUGGAGCAGGCUACUUGGAGAUUGGUGGAAAGAGAUGCGAUGACAGCAGUCAUGGUCGAGGAGCAGGAGAGGCCCAAGAAGAAAGGCGGCUUCUUUUCAUUCUUCGGUAGGUGA